AUGAAUAUACCAGAAGAGCACGUAGCUGAUGGCGCCAAAGCAGUGUUCACUGCUCAGCGAGUAUUCAGUCUUGUACCUUGUACACUGCCACGAGUGAUCGACAACUGCUUUAUUGUUGCAGGGCCGCCGGGUCCUCCCGGCCAGAAGGGCCGGCGAGGCAGGAAAGGUGACGCGGGAGUGACGGGAGCCAUUGGUCCACCUGGAAAAAACGGUUUUCCGGGACCUAUUGGCUUGGACGGUCCAAAGGGAGAUCCAGGGCGUCCAGGAGAGAAGGGCCAAAAGGGAGAGUUGGGGAGUCCAGGUUUUGAUGUCUUCUCUGCUGUUAAGGGACUAAAGCGUUCUGUCACCACUCUUCGUGGUGGUACCUUAGGCUACGCUGAGAUAGUUGCAGUGAAGGGUGAACCAGGUGAACCUGGACCACCAGGCCCACCAGGACCUCAAGGCCCAGAAGGUCUUCCAGGUCACGACGGGCGACAAGGAAUUCCAGGAGAACCAGGGCCACCAGGGGAGAGGGGGCCACCUGGUGUUGCUGGACCACCUGGAACUGCAGGCAGUCCAGGUGUACCUGGUCCUCCAGGGCAUGCAGGCAAACCAGGACCUAUGGGAGAACCAGGAAUUCCCGGGUGGCCAGGAUCGAAAGGUGACAAGGGAGAAAGAGGCCUCACAACAACUCUGAAUGGUGACAACUUUCCUACUGGAAUCAUUGAAGGUCCACCUGGGCCUCCAGGACCUCCAGGACCAGAAGGAACGAGGGGAGCAAAAGGUGAGAUGGGCCCUGCUGGUCCACCAGGCCUACCAGGGGAGAAAGGGGCUCGUGGCAAACGAGGAAAGAGGGGUCGCAAGGGAAUGUCUGGUGAGGCAGCUGAACGAGGCUUACCUGGUGAACCAGGUGCAAAAGGUGAACCAGGAGACUCUGGUCCUAAGGGUGAGAAAGGAGAUAGGGGUGCCAUGGGACUUGCAGGCAGCCGUGGUGACCCUGGACCAAGAGGACCUCCAGGUGAAGAUGGCCGAGAUGGAGAAGUUGGGCCUCAGGGUCCUCCUGGUUUACCUGGGCAGUUUGGACCUAAAGGUGAAAAAGGCGAGUAUGGUGACAUUGGCCCACCUGGCCUGAUGGGUCCUCCAGGUCUUCCUGGUCCUCCUGGCUACCCUGGACAGAAAGGUGAAAAGGGUGACAAGGGAGAAUCGAAGUACAAAAAACUCAGACGGAGACAGGGUGAUGGAACGUUUGAAGGAAGUGGAACAGAAUAUGUAAUUGGUCCUCCAGGCCCUCCAGGUCCAGCUGGCAGCCCAGGUCUCCAAGGACCCCCAGGGAUCAAAGGGGAUAGGGGAAUGGAUGGAACAAAAGGAGAGCCUGGAGAAAAGGGGUCAAAAGGAGAUCCAGGACCUAUGGGACUGCCAGGCCCAAUGGGACUCCGUGGAGAGCCAGGUCGACCUGGAGAUGUUGGGAAGACGGGAGGCACGGGUCCAUCAGGCCUCGAUGGCAUGAAGGGAGCUCAGGGUGAGCCAGGGAGCAAGGGAGAGAGAGGUGAUCCAGGAUUGCCCGGUACUGAUGGAAUUCCUGGUGCAGAGGGUCCAAAAGGAGAAAAGGGAGCCAAAGGAGAAUCUGGUCCAGUAGGGAAGCGUGGUCGCAAGGGAGACAAGGGUGAUAAAGGAGAUCAAGGAGUGCCUGGCCUUGAUGCUCCAUGUCCACUUGGGCCCGAUGGGCUUCCGCUUCCAGGAUGUGGGUGGAGACCUCCAAAGGAUUAUGCACAACAUGUUACACCUCCUCCAACACCGCAUCUUCCUGCAGUAACAGCAGAGCCUGCUGAGAGUGAUUAUGGGGACCCUGGUGAAGGAGAAGAAGAUUAUGAUGAAUACGAGGAGCAUGGUAAUGGUAACUACAACAAUCAGCCCUCCAGAUACCGACAUUAACACAUGGUCCAUGAUCACUGGUGGAUAAUGUACAUACUGUACUUAUUACUAGAUUCAGUGUACAGAACUGCUGUGAAAUUGGAAGCUGUGUGAGAGACGAUCUCAUACUAUGAACAAUUCUUAAUUAAUAAUGUGUGAAAGUAAAUGCAUCAGUGGAUAUUAACAUUCUCUAGUGCAUGUUUAUUUGAUGAUUAAUUUAUGUGUGUAACUGCCAGAAAAGUGAUGUAUGAAAAAUUAACUUUUAAUGAGAAGCAGACUGAACUAUAAUGUCAGUGACAAGUGUUGUGUGUUAAGUGAUAUUACAGAAAUUGAGAAUAUACAGAGGAGUUCAAGCAGUCGCAAAAGUCAAGAAGCCAGUGAUAUAUCUUACAGACUAGAAAUUUGAAGGUUUCUGUGAUAAUGAAAAUCUCAUUACCACACUUCGUAACUGAUAAUAAGCAACUGUGAGCUCCUGUGUUCAUUUCUUACUUUAAAAUCAACAAUGAUGAAACUAUCUGGAGGAUGUGGCUCUGGAUGACUACCUCAAAAACUGAAAAAAAUUAAAUGGUUUGAAUGAAGAAUGUUUGUGUUUGUGCCAUUUUUGAUACAAGGGAGAGUAAAUGUGAAAACAGAAAUAACAAACUCAUAUUGUAAAUAAAUUAUCUUGUCAUUAAUGUUGUCUAUAAACCUCUUGGCAGUAGCAUCUCUCUCUCUCUCUCUCUCUCUCUCUCUCUCUCUCACUCUCACUCUGAUCUGUGAAAUAAACCAGCUAUAAGUGACUGCCAAGAAAAUUGCUUCUGCCAUCUGAUUUAACUUAAGCAGUACCUUAUGUAAAUAAUACUUUGGUUCAUAUCUCACAAUGCAUAUAUAUUUGUAAAUAAAUUCUCAUUACUGCCAC